GGCUUUGUGUCGGACGACGACCGCGUCUCGCUGCAGUCCCUGCUCUUCGCCUGCCCCGCCUCGCGCGGCGCGCAGGAUGCUUACCUGGACAUGGAGGUGCCUCGUUUUGCGCUGAGGGCGGGGCCGCGCCGCACCAUCUACUACCAGCCCGCCUCCACACGUAUGGCCAUCGUGUGCAGCGGCGGCAUCUGCCCGGGGGAGAACGAUGUGGUCAGGGCGCUGGCGCUUGACUAUGGCGUGCGCGAGGGAAACAUCCUGGGCAUCCGCCUCGGCUGGCGCGGCUUCUACUCCAAGACGCACAAGCCCAUUAUGCUGACCCGCCAGGCUGUGGAGGACAUCCACCUGGAGGGCGGCACGGUGCUGGGCACGUGCGAGGCGGGGGAGUGCAAUGUGAUGGAGGUGGUGAAGCGGCUGGACCUGUGGGCCAUCGACAUGCUGUUCGUGAUCGGCAACCGCCACGACAUCGACUCCGCCGGCGUCGUGCAGAGGAUGUGCGACCAGUGCAGCGUGCAGUGCGCCGUCAUCGCCCUGCCCAAAAGCAUCGACAACGACGUCCUCAUGCUGGACAAGUGCUUUGGGUACGAGACGUGCGUGGAGGAGGCGCAGAAGGCGCUGCUGGCGGCCAAGGUGGAGGCCUCCUCCGCCUACCGCGGCAUAGGGCUGGUCAAGCUCAUGGGGCGACACUCGGGCUUCAUCGCCGUCAAGCAGGCCGCGCUGGCGUCCGGGCUGGUGGAUGUGGUGCUCAUCCCCGAGGCAGGCUACUGCCGCAUGACAGCGCCCUGCCUCUGCUGCGCCGCACUCUGCUGCGCCCUGCAGGUGCCCUUCAACAUGGACAAGGUGCUGAACUACAUGGGGCGCAUCCUGGACACGCGGGGCCAUGUGGUGGUGUGCCUGGCAGAGGGAGCGGGCCAGGUGGGCACGCGCGGGCGAGCGGCAGGCCCUCGCCCGCAGGACCCCGCCACCUGCCACGAGACCGACUCUGGCAGCUGGAUGAAGGGGGAGAUCAAGAAGGCGCUCAAGGACGUCGACGCCAAGUACAUCGAUCCGUCAUACCUCAUCCGCUCCAUCCCCGCCACCUCCGACGACCGCGUGUACUGCAAGAUGCUGGCCCACGGCGCGGUACACGCCGCCUUUGCCGGCUACACCAACGUGGCGGUGGGGCAGGUCAACACGCAUGUGGUGUACCUGCCCCUCCAUCUCCUGGUGCAGGCCCCUCGACAGAUGGACCCACAGGGCGAGCUGUGGAACAGGAUGUGCGCAGCCAACGGCCAGCCGCCGUUUGAGGGGGUGGCGGACGGCCCGCCACGGCGAGCUCUGGAAUAGGAUGGCCGCAGCGCAUGGGGGCUCCCCGCCAGCGGCUGAGCUAGCAGGGCAGCCCGCUCCUUUUCCGCCACUCUUGUUGACUGAUGCAUUGGAGCCCUGUACCCCCUGUGCGAGUUGUGUAAAACCCUGCCUGC